AUGAUAUUUCACUUUCUAAAGAGUACCGAAAAUGAGAAAACCCCAGGUCACUUUUUUGGUCUGCCUUUACGCGUAAAAGAGUUGUUUCAUGAACUUCGAGGUGUGACGAAGCUAUAUGACUGGCAAGUAGAAUGUCUUAAUUUAACAACUGUAGCAAAUGGAGCUAACCUUGUCUAUAGUUUACCUACAAGUGGAGGCAAAACGUUAGUUGCAGAAAUUCUUAUGCUCAAAGAACUUCUGAUCAAUGGUAAAAGUGUGCUUUUCAUUCUACCGUUUGUGUCAAUAGUUCAAGAGAAGGUCCGAUCGCUUACACCAAUGGGUCUAGAACUUGGAUUUUGGGUAGAGGAAUAUAGUGGUAAUCGUGGGCGGAUCCCUCCAGUAAAACGUAAUGGAUCAUACUCUGUUUUAAUGGCUACAAUUGAAAAGGCACAUACUAUCGUAAAUUCGUUGAUUGAUACAAAGUCACUGGAUACUUUGGGAUUAGUCAUUGUGGAUGAACUACAUAUGAUUGGUGAUGGUGGACCUCGCGGAGCAUGCUUAGAAAUUAUCCUUACGAAGUUACGUUUGUCUUCUCCUACUACUCGCAUUAUUGGUAUGAGUGCAACCCUUUCCAACAUCUCUGAUUUAACUAACUAUCUUAGUGCGGAAUUAUAUGUCAGCAAUUUUCGUCCAGUCAAAUUAGUUGAAUAUGUGAAAGUUGGUGAUCAUCUAUAUGAGAUUUCAUCUGCCAAAGCAUCUCACUGUACAUCUGGUACAAAUGAUUUUAAUGAUAGACUUGUUCAUUGUCGUAUGGUAGAUUUCAAGUACACAAAAAAGAUGCUUUCUCGAGAUCCAGACCAUUUAGUUGCUCUAGUUGCAGAAACUUUGCUAGGACAUUCAAUGAAUGAUUGGUGUUCUGAUAGGCUAUUUCAUCCUUCCUUUACUCGGUCGUCGAAACAAAGAUUUUCGUGUUUGGUAUUUUGUCCAACUAAAGUACAUUGUGAAAGUACAGCUAGAAUGUUAGCUGAACUUCUUCCUAUCGCUGCGUGUUUUCCGCAUCCAAAUGACGAAGACUAUAUGACAGAGAAAAAUAUUGUUGAACAAAGAUCAAUGUUAUUGGAAAAUUUACGUCUCGAUAAUGCAAUUGAAAGCAAUACAAAUUUAAAGGGAGAAGGUCAAGCACAUUGCCCAGUUUUGGAAUAUACAGUUCCUAAAGGGAUAGCUUACCAUCACAGUGGACUAACACAGGAAGAAAGGAAUGCAUUAGAAACCGCUUAUAAUGAGGGAGUUAUCCGAGUAUUGUGUUGCACGUCUACAUUAGCUGCUGGCGUUAAUCUACCAGCUAGAAGGGUAAUCAUUCGCAAACCUUAUAUCGGUAGUUCAUUUCUGUCCGGUACUCAAUAUCAACAAAUGGUUGGACGUGCUGGUCGUGCUGGUUUGGAUACUGUUGGUGAAAGUAUUACAAUACUGCAACCAAAUGAAAGACAAAUGUUUGCUCAUUUGCUAUCGGACACACCUCAGUUGUCAUCAGACCCUGAUAAUACUAAACGACAUAAUCAACCAGCUAGUCUAUGUAGUAGCAGUUUAUCAUAUGAAAAUGGAAAAGGUUUACGACAAUUUAUACUCUCACUUAUAGGUCUUGAAUUGGCUGUAACUUACCCAGAUAUUAUGUGGUCGUGUGAGAAAACGUUAUUGGCUGUACAGUACCGAUUAUAUCAGCGUGGAAAUUUCGAUGACCUAGUUCGCAUCGAACUAAAUACGCUACUCAAAAUGGAUCUAAUCAUAGUUGUGUCCGUUGAUGCGUAUCUCAACAAAACCACUUCGGCAUUAGAAAAUACUGAAUGGCAAAAAGCUCGAUUCCAGGCAACUAAAUUGGGUAGAGCCUCCGUAAAAGGUGGAAUCGAUACAGAUCGUAUUGGACCGUUAGUAUCAGAUUUUCGUUCAGCCGCAAGAGCAGUAAAUACUAGUGGGCCAUUACAUUUGUUGUAUUUAAUCGCACCACCGGACGUUGUAGAUACUAUACAAAUUGAUUGGAGUCUGCUUUUCGACCGUAUCAGUAUUAUGCCACAAAAUGAAGCUAAUUUAAUAAAUCUUUUGGGUUUUCCUGAAGGAUAUAUUUUGUGGAAAGCUACUGGUUAUCCUAUUAAACGAAAGUUGGAUGAACGACCUCUUCGUCGGCUGUACGUCGCUCUAGCCCUCUCUGAACUGUGGCAGAAUAGGUCGACAUUCCCAAUAUGGUAUGUGGCUGAACGCUACAAAUUUUCACGUGGUGCUCUUCAGUCAAUGCUAACCUCAGCUGCAUCAUUGGCUAGCUCACUGGCUCAUGCGCUAGCUAGUGAAUUUUCUACGGAUUCAGAACUAUGGGCGUUUGCAAAUCUACUACCGGAAUUCGCCACAAGACUAGCAUAUUGUGUUUCUAGUGAAUUACUUCCACUGAUGGAAUUACCAGGAGUGAAAAGAGCCAGAGCCCGACAAUUGUAUAGUUUAGGCUACUGCACUCUUAAAGAUAUAGCGUGUGCUAACGCUUCAGAUUUAACCAGUCGCAUGGCCCCAUUUAUGUCUAAACGCGUUGCGAAGGAAAUAAUACAAGCAGCUCAAAUGUUAGUAUCUGAGAAAGCUGAUGCUCUUUUCCAAGAAGCCAACGAAAUGAUAUCUGGAGUUGGGACAAAAAGUUUACUUUCUCAGAUGGCUGACUACUUAAAGUUCAAACCAUUUUCUCCGAAACUAGCUGGUUCCAACAAUGUCAGUAAUGUUAAAUUUGGUUCAUCUCGUGUUAUUUUCGAUGAAGACGAAGAUUUGUUUGCAUGA